AUGGCAAAUACAUCAUCAAAAAAACAAGCAAAAAGAAACAUUGCAGCUAUAAAAAAACUAAAAAUUGGAGGAUUUAUUAGUAAUUUAAUUUUUAUUGGUAUACGUCUAAUAUAUUAUUAUUCAACAACAACAAAGUACACAUUUGUUUUGUAUUUUUUGACAUUUUCUCUUUCCAUGGGUCUAUCUUAUUUACUUUGGUCUAUGGGUUCACCGAAAUAUGAAAAAGAACACCUUAAAUUUCCGGGAGAAGAUCUCAAUCAAAAUGGAGUUAUCAAAUACAUGUUCUAUACUAUUUAUGUAACAUGGAGUAUCCACAUAUUAGUUGCUAUAUUUUCAGAUAAAGCAUGGCUUCUUUAUCUUGUACAUAAAACAUUAAUUUAUUCAAACUUUUCAAUAACUUUUAACAGGUGUUAUGUUUUCCGCUUUUCAAGAAUACUCAAUCACUAA